CAAUCGUAAAACAUAAAAUUAUUAUCGCUAGACACAGAAAUGUAUUCGAUAAGACUUAUCGUGUUAUUCUGUAUUAUAUUCGCAUCGUACGGAUCGAAUUUUAAAGAGGUCUUCACGGGUUUCUUCAGAGAGAAAGACUUGGUAGUGGCUAACGACAGGUUUUAUAGACCGAGGAUACCAUUCAAAAGAGUUUUUGAUUACUAUUACAAGAAGGUGGAAUGCCCGAUAAGCUAUAUAAAAGUGACCGAUCGCUUAGGAGUUAGCCCGGGACCGACAGCUGAGAUCGUCAAAGGAGGCCUUCGCUCGGACUACGUGGUCCUCCUCAUGGGUUCCGCAUACAACAGACCUAUCUUCGUCAACGUAUUUAUCACCUGCGCGGUGUAUGAUGAAGCACAAAACGCAACGGCAGAUUAGUAUGAGUAAAGUUAUAUUUUAUUCA